AUGAUAAUUCCCGAUUAUUCUAACAAUAAUCGAAACAAUCAGUAACAGAGAGAAGAUGAUCAAGGAAAUUUGAAUUAGGAAAAUAUUAUUAGGUAGAGUCGCAGGAUAGGUACUUAUGCUAGAUAGUAGAGUAAUAGGAAUCAGAUAAUUGAUGGUGAAAACCAAUAAAAUUAAAGCUUCCUUACUGAAGAGCAAUUAUAAAAAAGAAAGGAGCUAAAGUAGUCUAUUUUACGUGGAAUUAUUUGCUUCUUAAUUCCGCUUUGCAUGUUUGGAUUGUAUGCCAUUUUCUUAAAGUCAUAUUUCACAGCUUUUUACAUUCUUUUCGCUGGACUAUUGAUUAUUUUUACUCUUGAAAGUUUUUAUGUUAGUCCACAAAUGCCAUAAACUGAUAAUAAAAAUGAUAACGAAAUAUCCUUAUUGAAUGAAGAAAAAGUGUAGCUAUUGGAUUUUAGAAUCUAUCUUUGGAUAAUUGGAACAUUCGCUACAGCUUCUGUUUUAAUUUUCAAGUUAUUUAUGAUAACAUAUUACAAUGUGCAUAAUGAAAUGCCUUUUAAAGCUUCUUAUAAUAUAAUGUAUGAUUUAGAAAUUUAUAUAGUAGAUAAAGGAGGCUAAAACUGGAGUAACAUUCUCAAAAUGUUUUUACCUACUUCGUUAGUCUUAAUUAAUUGCAUAAUUGUUUUUAUUUUUCGUGUUCCUAGAAAAUCUUUAAAAUUCUAAGAUAUUAAACUUCACAAAAAGAGAAACAAUUUAAUUAACUUCUGUAAGACUCUUGUAUGGACUUGCUUAGUAGCUGUGCAAUCUUUUAAUGUCACUUUACAAGCAUAUAUCUUCUAUUUCAUAUUUUUCUUGAGCUUAUCUUCACUCUUUUUCUCAUCGAAAAUUAAGAAUUUUUUAGAUGAGUAUAUAAAGCACUUAAUAAAGUUAAUAUGCUUAGGCGUAUUAAUGUUAUAGUUUCUUUGCAGCACUAAAUCCUUUAGAGAUAGCAUCUAAGGUCAAGAAUGGUCAUUUGAACUCUUUGGUUUAAAUUACAUUUCCGAUUUUAAGGAUGAGCUUACAUAUACACCUCUCUACUUUAUUUCCAUGUGGUGUCUUUUGAUUAUUACUGUGCUUUGUGCCAACUUGAUUAAAUUUGAAAGGCUAGUAUUAAAAGUUAGGGAAAUUAGUGAAGAAUACUAGAAAAAGUAUGGUGGUAAUCUCCCUGAGUUAUCAUAUGAGCAUUCUUCAAGCAAUGAAAUCGUUAUACUCUCAUCAGACAACGAAGUCAAUAGCAACUAGCUAAAAUCAAAUGAUGUAGAUCCUGCUCAAUCAAGUAGUAGUGAUAGCGAUAGCAGCAGUGAUGAAGAAGAUGAUACAGCAUAACAACUGUAAUAAUAAUAAGAUAUUAGGAAUUAAAGCAAAAGAGUUGAAUCUAUCUAAAUUAGAUAAGAGAGAGGAAUCAGCUUAUAACCGAUUAAAAAUUUCUCUAAUAGUCAAUAAUAAUAGGUUGCUUUUGAUGGAUAGGAAAUUCAAGUAUAACCAGAAAAUUAACUUGAAUAAUAACUGUUGCAGCAAGAAUAAAAUAUUCAAUAAGAGCCUACAAUUGAACAGCAUCAAAAAGAUUCUUAGUUAAAAGAGGAGAAUUCUUCAAAAACCGAAAAAGCAGUUAAGAAAAUGAAAACUUUAGGAAAUAAAAUCAUGCUAAAACUAUUGAAAUUCAAACGUAAUUUUAAAAGUGAUACAUUUAUGUUGAGAAUACUUUAAAUUGUUUGUAUAUUUUUGGUUUAAAGAUAUUUCACUUAUUACUCUCUCGGGCUGAUGACUUGGGUCCUCCUUACUGGCUUUACCAUAAAUCAUAGAUUUACUAUAGUUACUAGCUUUGUUUUUGCUAUUCCAUCAUUAGUUCUUAUCUAUGUCUUCACAGUUUUCUCUAAUAUAUCUAACAAUCCAUUUAUUCCAUCUUGGGCUAAUUCAUAAUUAGGAUUUUAAACUUGUUACACUCCAUGGCUUGAAGUUAUUAUAUUGAAUUCAGGUUUGUUCUUAUACUUCUUCUAUUGCUAAUAGGCUUUGUAGUCUUUCAAGCAAAAAAAGAAAGAAAAAGAAAAGAAAAAAACAGGAGUUAAAUUUGGCACUAAAUACAUAAAACGUACUAAGUCUUAAAUUAAAAAGAAAAAGCAAAAAAAUAAAGAAAUAAGCUAUUUUGUUAUAUUAUAAGCAUUUAUUUUGAAGUAUUCUUAUUUACUUGCCUUAUUUAUGAUAUACUGGAUUAGCUUUUAGGCUAUUAAUUUAGCUCAUGUGAUUUUGGUUGGAUUAUUUUUAAUAUUCUUUUCAAAUAUGAAUACUACCAUUCAAAUCCCUAGAUAAAAGAAGAGCGAUUCUAAAAAAGGUACUUCCGAUAGAAGGUCUCAAAGUGGUGAAUAAGUAAUGCCAACUCCCAGAGGAAUAAGAACUUUUGAUGUAACUCCUCAAAAUGUCAAUUAAGCUGAAACCUUAUAAAAUCCUUUCAACAUACUAGAUUCAGAUAGAACAAAUAAACUUAAAUCAGAUAAUGUUGAUGCUUCUGAUUUUAAUUUAACAAAAGCUGGUCGAGGAAGUUAAACUGUUAUUCCAAGAUCCAAAAAAUUUAAAUAAGUUACUUUUGGAAGACGCUACUGGAUUCUAAUGGUAAUAUAUGUAGAAAUAUAUUUGAUAGCGAGAUAUAUCUAUUUCUUGAUAUUCUAGGAUUAAUUUGCUGAAGACAGUUUUUGCUAUAGUCUCUUCAAUUUCAUCGGAAUAAGCCAGCCAUAUAAUUUCCCCAUUCAUCUUGGUUUAUCACACUAAGACCCUGCAGAUGAAUCUAUAGUUUGGAUUUUAUUCUAUUUCAUUAUCUUAUAGUAUGACUCUUACAAAUCAAAGAUUUAUAUGAAAUACUCACAUAAAAUUACAGAAAUUUUUGCUAAAAAGGCCUUAAUUAAAAAGGUUUUCCCUAAUUUCAUCUCAUACGUUUCAUCAUUUUAUAUAGUUUUUUACUCUAUUUUAAUCUGGGUGUCUUUCAUCGUAAUAUCUGGAGUUUUAAUUCUUGUUGAUUUUUCUUUUAUAAACACUUAUCUACUUGUUUACAUUUUAUUGCUAGUCAUCUAUUUUGUUAAGAAAAAUGCUAACAAAAAGCUAAACUAUGUUGUUUUCUAAAGAACAUGGUAUUUCUUCACUUUGAAUCUCAUCAUUGUCUCAUUUACCAGAUAUUUCCUCUAAUUAACUUCUGUCUAGUUUGUCAGUGAUGAAAUAAUUAAUGAAAACAAUAGCUGGUUUAAAACAUUUUAACGUAAUAGAAGUGUUUAUGGUUUUUACUCAGACAAUCCUGAUGAUAACCUUAGAAUGAAAUUUUUACCUGGAAUAAUUAAUAUAUUUUUUGCAGUACUUUGUCUUGAUUAUUUUAGGUUAAUUUCAGAAGGAUACAAAUUUAGUAGAGAAUUAGAACGAAAAAGAAUAGCAAAUUAAGGUGCCUAAGAUAGAAUCAGAGAAAAUAGCGUUUCAUCAUAUGGAGGAGCUGCCAGCAGUAGAAAAAACAGUGAUAUUUCAAUUGCAAGUUCAAUGUUUGAUGAUGGAGAAAUAAUCGAGAGUAGAAUAGAAAAGCAAAAAGCUCUUGAAACACUUAAAAUGUACUAAGACUAUGUUCAAGUUGAUAUUCUUUUAAAAUAUAAGUGGAUGACAAUACCAGCUAAAUGGAUUUCAUUGCUAUUUACAGAUGUUUUGUGCUUUUUGGUUAUCAUCUUUUGCAUAUACUUCAAGAUUUCUCUUAGCAUGCUCUACUUUUUAGCAAUAUAUUUAUUCUUUUACUUUAAAACUCAUUCUCACAUUUUGAAUUACAUUGAAGCCAAUAGAUUUUUUGAGAUAAUAUCUGAAAAGAUGCUUUUGUUUUAAGAAAAAUACUUGAGGAUUAACAAAGCUCCAGAUAACAUUUUAAAUGACAAAUAAUAAGCAGAAGGAACACCAAUUCAGUAAUAAAAAGAAGAUUUGAAAGAAAGCAAUGAAUAUAUUUAAAAAUAAAAUAGAAGUUUUACCUAAAAAUAAAGCGAAGAAGACCAGCUUGAUGAAGAAUUUGUCAAAAAGAUAAAUCGUAUCAGUUUAAUUAGCUUAGAAAUAAAAAUUAGAGAGAAAGAAAAAGUUUGGAAUUAUUCAUUUUAUGGAAGCAUGAUAUUUUUAAUGAUAACCUAUUUCUCUUAAUUCCUUCUAACUUCCUUUGCUUUAACAAACGUUGGUACAUAAAUAUGCUAUUGGAUCCAAUGGGGUAUGUUUAUUUUUGGAACUUAAAUUACAGUGAUUGAUGAUAUAGAAAAUACUUGGAGAAAUAUUUAUUUUUAUGUACUUCUUUUCUGGUUAAAUGUGCUUGAUCUUAAAUGUUUACGCUACCUACAGUCCAUAAUUUUUGAAAAGGAAAAUGAAAUUUAAAGAGAAACAAAUGACUAAGAUAAUUAAUAAAAUGCAGUAUAGGUUGAAACUGAUAAACUUUUAGAGUAAAAUGCAGAUAAUUAGCAGGAAUAGGAAGAGGUAAAAGAUUAGUCAGAAUACACUCCUUCAAGUAAAGAUGAUAUCAGUUUGAAGAAAGUUGUUUCAUAAUAUUUGGGUAACAAGAAAGAGCUUGAAGAGAUUUCAGAAGAAAUCGAAGAAGAAUAGGCAAAUUUUAUAGAUAAAAAGUUGGUAAGAAGUAAUAAAGUUGCUAGAAUGAGCUUAGAAAUAUUUGCAUAAGAUUUUGAAAUUGAUUUGAAUGAAAGCGAAUUUAAAGAAAGAAUGGCUGAAAUAAAUAAAAUACACUUUUACACUCAAGGAGCUGAGUCUGAAAAUUUAUUUAAAUAUGCUAUCACUUAACAAAAUAAAGAAUAGAAAGAUCCUUUUAAAGAAACUUACAGCAUCAACAAUAAAUCUUUUUCAGAAGAAACAAUAAUAGAAUAUGCAGAAUAUAUCAAUAUAGCUUAUUAUUUUAAAUCUAAGAAAAACUUCAUUGAAAUGAGAAUAUUUUACUCAACUCUUUUUAUCAUCCAAAGAAUUUAUGUUUUAAUUCUUUUGUUUGACUCUAACUCGAAGUAAAAUGCAUUUAGCUGGAUUUAUCUUAUUCUUGCUGCUUACUUUUGGGUCAGAACUCCAAAAUCUUCAACUAUUAGAGCACUUAAUAGAUGGACAAUUUUUGUCUUAUUGCUGCAAUACAUAUUUUUACUUUUAAACAUAAAUCUAAAGACAUCUCUUAUUCCAAUUCCUUCCUAUCUUUGGAAUUUAAAAAAUAUGUCUGUGAUUGAUAAUAUUUUAUCUGAUACAUAAAUUUAAUCUUAUCUUGCUUUUGAUAACUCAGAUAACGUAGCACUACUCUUAAAUGCAUUAAUCAUAUUCUUGAUAGAGAUCUAUUUUAUGUACUUCGUUUUCAUAUGCAAAUUUAUCAUGCAAAGGAUAAGAGAUAGAAGAUCUCUUUCUUCUCUCAUAUCUUAAAAAGUAUGGAUUAAUUUUAGAGCAUGGAAAUCAUCUUACAUUUCUUUUAUCACUACAGUUUACGAAGGACUGCUUAUCAAUUUUCAUUUGAUUGUAAUAAUAAUUUGUAUUAUAUUAUCUUGCUUCAGCUACGAAAUUUUCAAUUUGUUGAUAACUACUGUUUGCUUGUCUUAUUUCUUUUAUUAUGAGUUCAAAUCUAACAAAGAUAUAAUGUCAGAAAAAAUACCUUCAAUUCUUCUAUUUUUCAAAAUACUAAGAAUCUUUGUGUUCCUUUUAUUAGUAGUGUAUACUGUGUUAAAAGUACCUUAAAUUGAUAAUUUUAUAAAUACAGAUGAUACUAACUUGAGUUAUUUUAGAUAGCUCCUUAAGCAAGAAGUUAUAUCCUUCCAUAUUUCUGAAAAAGUGUUUAUCUUAUUCUUUAUUUAGCUUGUGUUUGACAUUAUGCUAUCGAAAGACUUCAAAGAAUUCCUAAAAACUUACUAGCUAACUAAUUAAGUUAAACAAAGGCUAAGACGUAAGUGCAUAGCUUAUUAAUUUAAUAACGAAAAGCUUAAGAAAAUAGAAAAGAGACUUUAAGAGAAUAAAGAAUUGAUUAGAAAUGUCUAGGAAGUUUAAAAUCAACUUGAUAAUUGGCAUGCUACUAUUGAUAUGAAAUCAAAUAAGCCAAAUGGGAAAAUCAACUCUACUAUGUAUGAACCUGACGAAAAGAGAUCAACAAGCUCUUUAAAUCUAAAUGAAUAAGUUGUUAAAGCCAAAUAAAUUGAAGCUGCAAAGAAAAAAGAAGAAAGCCAAUCAAAUUUAGAUACAUUUUUUACACCAGAAGAGUUGGAAAGAGAAAAAGAAAAAAAAUCUAUUCCAUAAUUCAAAAGAUAUUUAAGAAAAUUUGCCACUCUCUUUAAAGGGAUGAGAAAUGAAUUUAUUUUUUAAGAUGAGCUUGGAAUGUUAGAUUUUGUUAUUAAGAAUAAUCCUUACUUGCUUGAAUGCAUUAAAAUUAAUUUAAUAGAGUAUUUGACUGGAGAUCUGGUUGCAAUUUAAGCUAUUUUAGAUUUCCUUGAUAAUCUCUAUGCCAAUAUUUUCCUUAAAAUUAGAACUCAAAGCAUAGAUGAAUUUAAUCCUGAUAAGCUCAAAAGAAACCUUCAAAGGGCUGCAUCAGCUAAUCCAGAUAUUCUAAGUGAUUUCUAAUUCUUAAAGCGAAAUAAUUCGAUGAAACCUAAUGAGAUAGAGCUGUUCAGAAAAGAAUCUGAAAUCUACUCUAACUAUGAUAGAGUUUUGCUGUUUGAUUCAAAUUAAAGAUUCAAAUUUUUUAAUUUGGAUGAAGAAAGAUGGUUUAAAGAAAAAAAUAAAGGCAGAGAUACCUACAUUACUUGUAUCCUUAAAUAUUUAGGGUAAAUUCUGAUAUCUGGAUGGAGCUACAUAUGUUACAUUUUCUUCAUUUUUUACUAUUUCAAAAAUAAUGGCCUUACAAGCAUGUUUUUCCCUUUGUUUGUUUUUCUUUACUUUAUGGUGGAGGAAAAAAUUGGAGAAAUGCUUAUUUGGGAGAUAUCCUUCUUUUAUAUAUCUAUAUUGAUAAUCUUUAAAUUUGUGAACAGUCUUUCUGGACUCAUUUAAUAAAGCGAUUAAAGUUCUCCAUCAGACUAUAAUAUAACAGUAUUCUUCGAUAGCAACGAUUCACUUUUCUUUGAAGGAUUUCUUUACUUCUUAAUAUACAUCCAGCUAAAUUUAAUCAGAAGAAUGGGCUUAGAUAAAAAAAUGAUUAAUUAAGAAGAAAAUACUCAUAUGAGCUACGUUAGACUGAAAGUUAAUAAAUUUAUUAAAACUGAAAUUUAACCUAAGAUCUAGCGUAAAGAUUUAAAUGAUGAUUUUUUUGAAAUUAAUGAGGAAGAUAGCAAUUUAGAGUAUGACACUGACCUACAGGAUGCUGAGGCAGAAAGCAGAAAAAGCUCUAAUUUUGUACUCCUAUAGAAAUCUUUACCAGAAUCUUUAUUAUAAGUUUAGGUUGAUAAUUUUGAGUAAGGAGAGAAGGAUGAAAGUAGAUUGAUUGAGUAAGAAGAUCUAAAAAAAAUAUAAGAAGAAAACAUUAAGUCAUAGUAAAGUAAAGAAACUCCGUAAUAAAAGGAUUAUAUAAAAGAAUCUAUGAUUAGGACGGAUUAAAGUAAUACAAGCGAAUCAGAUUUUAGUAUUAAUAGUAUUGAAUCAGAAUUUACUUAAGAAGGAUUUUACAAACAAUUAGAAGAGGAAAUUAGUGAAAAGCCUGAUUUAAUAGACCCUGAAGUUAAAACUAACUUUUUCUUCAGAUUAUUUUCUAAGUACACUAAAAAAUCUGGAGUUGAUUUGUAUCCUUCUAUAGCACUAAUAUAAGUUAUUCUUCUUAUUUAUAUUUUCUUAUUCUACAACGAAAUGCAAAAUGGUCAAUAAGAUUUGUCAAGUUCUCUUAAGUACAACUAGUUUUCAGGUUCAAUGGUUAUCUUUAUGAUUAUCUAAAUUGUAUUCAUGGUUUGGGAAAGGUAUAUCACUCUUUACACUUCUGAAGAAGUCAAAGACAAGGAGGUAGAAAGAAUCAAAUUAAUAGUAAAAGCAAGGAGUCAAGGUCUUGCAUAUAGCAAGAACUUAAAAAAUCUAAAGGCACUUCAAAAAGAAAUAACUGAAUUAGAAAGACUCAAAAAAGAAGAAGAAUAGUUCUAAAAAGAUCUUUAAAGUAGCAAUAUAAGAGAUUAGAAAUAAUUAUAAGAUCUAAAAAAAGGUUAAAAAGGCAAUUAAGACUAGUCCGAAGAAGAUAAGAAAAAAGAAAAGGGCAAAUAGUUCAAAUUUUCUUAAAUUUUAAUGAAAUACAUCUAGCUCUUUAUGAUAGUGGUCCUGUUUACUUAUUUCAUAUUCUUCUUCAUACCUUAGCCAUUUUUCAAGACAAUAUCUGGUUCAAUUGAUUGGACACACUAUCAAACUAAUGGAUAUUUAGGAGGACUUUAUUUCUUCUUUGGAAUAUAUUUAGUCUUGUCAUGCUUUUAGAUUAAAAUCGGAUACAACUAAUUUAAGAUCAGGAAUACAAUUUUGACUAAAAAGAAUAUAUUGACAGGAAUAUGUGCAAAAUCUUUUAGAGCUAUUCCUUUCAUUUAAGAACUCAAAGUAGUUAUGGAUUGGACAUUCACAGCAACAACACUAGAUUUGUUCUAAUGGUUUAAGAUUGAAGAUAUCCACUUUUAUCUUUUUUGUGCUAAGGUUGAUGCAAACGACAAUAAGAAGAAACCUGUUGGGAUGCCUUAAAAUUGGAUUAUGAAAUUCUUUAUGGGUUGGGUUUUCCUUCUUGCUAUCCUAUUGCUCUUAUUUGGACCAAUGAUUUUAUUUUCUAGUUUGAAUCCUUCAACCUAAUUGAAUAACAUUACAAACGCGAGCUUUGAGAUGGGUUUGCAGAUUAAUGGCUAAUCAGGAAAUUAUUACUAAUUCUAUUAAAAUGGGAAUAUUGGAAAUUUGAAAAGCGUUGCAAGUAGUAGUACGAAUAUGGAUAUUUAUUAAAAUAUAACAGCUAUUUCAUAAGCGUCACCUAGUCAAUUCUAAUAAUUUAGUUUGUAUAGUUCUAGUGAUGUAAAUUGGUAGUUAUCAGUACCUUCUAUUACUGAAAUAUAAUAAACACUAGAGAAUCAAAUAUAAGGCAGAACUAAUAUUUAAAUUCAGUUUUCAGUUAGAUAUAAUAUACAAAGAAAUGUUACUAGUUUAUCUUCUUAGGAUAAUACUUUCUUAUAUCCAAUCAAUACUUAAAACAUAUAUGAUAAAUCGACUUCACUGACUUAGGAAUAAGUAGCUCAACUCCUAGUUGUAAUGGACGACUGUAAUUCUCAAGCCAUGGAAUUACCUAAUUUUUACAUUUCACUACUUAGGCUAGAUACAAAUGGGGAUUCGUUUGAAGCAAGAACUUUUUCAAAUCUUUCUCCCUCUUAAUAAAUAGCUUACUUUAAAAGUGCUUACUUAAAUUUAAAGUGUAAGUUGAAUCCAGACUAAACAUAUGAUGAAAAUAUUAGAUACUGGGUGUUGAGUCUCGAUUAGAAUGGAUAAAAUGGAUUAAUAUUUUAUGUUUUAUGCGAUAAAUACUCAUCGGUUUUGCAAGGUUUAUCAAUUAUAACUAUCUAUACUUCUGUUAUUCUCGUGAUUGGUAAAUUAAUAAAGUCUGUAUUUAGUGGAGAUAUCCAACUGUUGAUGUUCACAGAUCAGCCGCACUCAGAUAAAUUAAUUAAAAUCUGUGAUGCUAUAGCAUACUCUAGAACAGAAAGAGAUUUGAUUAAGGAAAAUCUACUUUAUUGGGAGCUGAUUGACUUGAUGAGAUCGCCUGAGGUUGUAAAAAUGCUAACAGGGUCGUAUUCAAAAGCUAUCAUAAAUAAGAGAAAAAAAGAGCUAGAGGAGGCUGAAAGAGAAGAAGAAAGAAAACUAAAAAAGGAAUAAUGA